AGUGCAGCAUGUAGGUAUAAAUUUAACCCCAACCUGCGAAAUUACAAAAAUCAGACUUGGCCGCAGGCAGCGACCGAGUCGGUAAUUUAGGUAAGCCUACAGAGGGUUCAGACGUUCGAGACGCCGGGGAUGGAGUGGAUACGGAUUUUACCUUUGGUUCUGCUGGGUGUUCUCCGACCCAGCAUGGGCACAGUGUUUCCAUGGACCCAGCCGUGUGAAACAGAUGUAAACGGUACCAUUUAUGGGUACCAGGCAAAAACCCUGAAUGAGAGUCGAACCGUCUCCUUCAGCGAGUACGUUGGGCAGACAGUCCUCUUUGUCAACACAGCUACAUACUGAUCCCUUACCAACCAGUAUGUGGAGUUGAAUGCACUACACGAGGAGCUGAAGUCCUAUGGAUUCACCGUUCUCGGGUUUCCCUGUAAUAUUUUUGGAAAACAAGAACCAGGGAACAAUGAUGAGAUCCUACCAGGUAUAAAACACGUAAGACCAGGAAAGGGAUUUGUCCCCACGUUCCCGCUGUUUGAGCUCGGUGAUGUCAAUGGAGAUCAGGAACAACCGGUGUACACCUUCCUCAAGAGCUCCUGCCCGCCGGUCGGCGACGACCUGGGACCGGCGUCCGAGAGGCUGUUCUGGGAGCCGCUCAAGCUGAGCGACAUCAAGUGGAACUUCGAGAAGUUCCUGGUGGGGCCGGAUGGGAAGCCAGUCAGGAGGUGGUUUUCCAAGGUCGAAGUCUCCGUCGUCAGAAGAUUCAUCACAGACUACCUCCGGCGUUUACCAGCCCAAAGGGAUCUGAUCAACCCCCUUUUAGAAUCUUAAGCAAACGUUUAUACCCUUCAACUGGCGCCUCGCUUGCUUUCACGGAGAUGAGGCACAGGUGACGGUCCCCUGGCGGUCUGCGACAGGUUCUGUGAAGCGUAGAGUUGGGCAUGAUAACAUGAAGAUGGGGCUUGAAAGCAGGAUCUCUGUGGAGCCUCUUCUGAGUCUGUGGGUCCAGAGCCAGCCCUGGAGUGCAUCGGGGCUGCUCCGCGAUCCCAGCGUCAUGUCCUCUCGUACAGCGGCAGAACCUGCUGCACAACCGCCUGCAGAGGACCUGGGUUCGCUGGGUACCUUCAAUAAAGCUUGGGGGGAAACACA